ACCGCUGAAAUAUUAUUCAACGCAACUCUUCAACUACUCAUUUCUCUCUCUGCCGUCUUCCACCGAACUUCCCACAAACAAUCAUACAAAACCUCCCACUUAAUCGCUCUUCCCUUUGCUGACAAUCCCCCAAUUUGAAUUCUUGAAAUCUAUGAAUUAGCUUCUUAGAUUCUCUCGCUCUCUCAGAGAAAAGCAAUAACGGUCUCUGCCUCUCUGCUGACGAAAUCUUGGCUCGAUUGAACAUAUUUUUCAAGAAAUUAAAAAAGAGAAAUGUCAGCUGGAUUGUGGGAGUGCUGCAGAUCAUCCUGCUUCGAUGAUUUUCAAUUUGAAGAGCUUCUUCAAGAACCAGAGCCUUUUUCUCUGCCUCAGCCUCUUCCACAAUGGCCCAAAGGUAAAGCCUUUGCAACUGGGAAAAUUGGCCUAGGAGAACUAGAAGUAGCUCAGAUCACUAAGUUUGACAAAAUAUGGAGCUGCACCCCGUUGCUCGGGUCGGCUAGUGGCGUCACGUUCUACCGGCCUAGUGGCGUUCCAGCCGGAUAUUUCAGCCUCGGUCACUACUGUCAGCCGAGUGAUCAGAGACUGAGGGGCUAUGUCCUUGCUGCAAAAUGUAGAUCAAGUGAAGAAUCGAGCUCCCCGGCUCUCGAGAAGCCUCUUGGCUACAGUCUGGUGUGGAGUGAGGACACUCGUCGCGAUGGAAGUGGCUACAUUUGGCUUCCAAAUGCACCACAGGGGUACAAAGCUAUGGGAUUCGUGGUCACCGCGAAGUCGGGACAGCCUGAUGUUGAGGAAGUGAGAUGCGUCCGAGGCGAUCUCACUGCGAGCUGUGAGGUUGAUGAGGUGUUAUUCGAUAGGAGAGCGAUCUUUUCGAGUGGGAAGUUUUAUGUGUGGAGCACGAGGGCGUGUGAGCGAGGGAUGCUCUGUAGGAGCAUUCCCGUUGGCACGUUCUACUGCAGCAGGGAUGACAGUGGUGAGGUCUCGAGCAUUGCUUGCUUGAGAAACCUCGAUGCUUCGUUGGAUGCAAUGCCGGAUCUUGAGCAAGUUCACGCGCUGAUCCACCACUACGGGCCGACUCUGUACUUCCAUCCCGAUGAGGCUUACUUGCCUUCGUCCGUUUCUUGGUUUUUUGACAACGGUUCGCUUCUGUACAAAGAUGGGAUGGAUAAAGGAGUGGAGAUUGAUUCCCGCGGCUCGAUUUUACCUAGUGGCGGCUGGAACGACGGGGAGUUCUGGCUCGAUCUCCCGUCGGAAGAGAAGUGGCACGAGUUUGUGAAAUCGGGUUGUAUCGAAACAGCAGAGCUUUAUGUUCAUGUGAAGCCAGCCUCAGGGGGGAGUUUCACAGACAUUGCAAUGUGGAUAUUCUGCCCCUUCAACGGCCCGGCCACGAUCCAGGUCGCGUCGUUCAGCUUCCCUCUCAACGCGAUAGGCGAGCACGUGGGCGACUGGGAGCACUACACGCUCCGCGUGAGCAACUUCACCGGGGAGCUCUGGAGCGUUUACUACUCCGAGCACAGCGGGGGGCGGUGGGUGGACGCCUCCGAGCUCGAGUUCAUCGACGGGAACAAACCCGCCGUGUACGCAUCGAGGAACGGGCACGCGAGUUUCCCCCACGAGGGGUGCUACAUUCAGGGCUCGUCCACGCUCGGGGUUGGGGCAGCGAACGAGUGUGCGAAGAGCGACUACUCGGUCGAUUCUAGCACGAGGUAUCGGGUCGUGGCUGCGGAGUACCUCGGCGACAUCGUUGUCGAGCCGGCGUGGCUGCAGUAUAUGAGGGAAUGGGGGCCAACUGUUGUGUACAGCUCAGGGAGUGAGCUGGAGAAGAUACUGAACAACCUCCCAUUUUUUCUGAGGUUUUCAGUGGAGAGCUUUGUGGAGCUUUUUCCGACGGAGCUUUACGGGGAGGAGGGGCCGACGGGGCCGAAGGAGAAGGACAACUGGUUGGGAGAUGAGAGGUGAUGGUUUGAAUGCUACAAAUCUGCAGAUUUAUGGUGAUUUUCUGCUUCUGAAUGAGUGUAUUUUGAUAUGUGAAAGUGUAGGAUAAGAUGGGAUUCUUGUGUAUAGAAUUAUGUUACUAUUGGAGUAACAUUGUGUGUAGCAUUGUAUUUUUGGCUGAAGGAAGUUACUAUAUUUGUAUAUUGGAUUUCAUAAGUAUUAAGAGUAAAUACCAAAAUUGAUUCUGAACA